AUGGAGCCGUUCAAAUUAAUGGAGACUCCGUUUCUAGUAUUCCAAAAGAUUAUAAAACUGAUGAAAAUUAUUGAAGUGUUGGAAAUGUCUCAAACAUCAAAAAGAAUGUUUGGUUGCAUCAAAUUUUCGAGACGCCGAAUCCAACCAAUUCAACUGUUUAAAGGGGACCAGCGUCGGUCGAUAAGUGUAUUUGAGAAGAAUGACGAGAAUUCCAAAUGUACUAUUUAUUUGAAAAGGGAGGAAAUGGAAAAGGAUGUGAUGAGACAGUUGAGAUUGAAAGACACAGUCUUAGAUUUUCGAUUGGAUGAUGAAAAAAAAUUGAGUUGCUAUCUCCACAGAGACUCAACAGAGGAAGAUAUCGAUUCUCAAUUGGUGCAUCUCUUCAAUUAUCUAUCGGAUCUUUUUAAUAAUAAGACUAUCACUGUCUGGCUUCGACCAUCUCUAGUUGAAAUUUCUCAUAUGCUUUUUUCGAAUCUCCAGUUUGAAAGUUGCCAACUUUUAAAAAUUCUCGAGGACGAUCCUCUUAUUUUAUCAAACGAGGACAUGACACGAAUACUGGAAAUUUGGAAGCCAACUAUUGGGAUUACAAUAAAAUGUAGCGUCGAGGAAGGUUUUGGUCCGAGAAGUAUUCUGAGUCUCCCACGGCUCUGUAUUAUCAAUGCUCGAUGGGUCACUUUCGAUGAUCUACUGAACAUGGAAUGUAAGAUGAUAUUUUUACAAAAUCAUUCAUUCACAGAGGAAGACGUCAAACAGUUCAUAAACCAUUGGAUGGCUGGGAGCAAUCCGAAACUGAUGCAUCUCAGAUUGAACUGUUUUAAAUUGGAGCCGAAUUGGGCGCACAUUCUCGAAGGGAUAGAAUAUAGAGUAUGGGAUGAAAAAACGAAGAAAAGACCAAGAAAUUUCAAAGACCAUUAUAUAUACGAUUUUGAAGAAAUCGACUGCCAGAAUGGUUUGGAUUUCGAGAGAAAGAGUGAUGGAAUGAUUGGUACAGUAAUGCAUCAAUCUGACCAGAUCGAUUUCUUUGUGUGGCACGAUAUACAAUUCUGA